GGUUUCUUAUGACUCCCUACUUUUCGUAGACAUUCCGAGUGAGGCUGUUGUUGCCAUGUCGCGCCGCACGCGGAGCUGGUUGCCCUUGGCUCUUUUGGCCUUGCUGGCCUAUGCCUCUGUGCCUGCGUUUGUUGGAGGUGGAGUUUCCUCCCGGCCAAGCUUCGAGCGGUCGAAAGCUUCCAUCGCGCGACCUGCUACAAAGGAUCUGCAGCAGGUGCUCUCGAAGAUCAAAGACACCAUCUCCGAGGGUGAGUUUGGCAAGCGCGGGGAGGAAUAUGUCGCUGCCCAGGUGUUUCUGAUCCUGUGCGUCUUGGUGGGCACUGUGCCGCUCUUGGGUGGCUCCUUAUACUUUCUGGCAGGGCCACUCUGCAUGGCUGCGGGCGGGGCCAUUGUGGCAGCCGCCUUGUACGAGAUUGGCGAUGGCUUGUCGCCCUGGGUGACUCCUUCAGCAGAGUCUGAGCUGAAGACAGGAGGCGUCUUCGAAUAUGUCCGGCAUCCGAUCUAUGGCGGCUUGCUGUUGCUGUGUUUCGGCAUUGCAAUCAUCAGCAACAGUGCUAGUCGCUUGGUGCUCACUGGCGUGUUGUACUUGGUCCUUGACAAGAAGGCAGACUUGGAGGAGGAUAGCCUCAUGCAGACUUUCAAUGACUAUGGCAAGUACCGUGAGAAGACGCCGGGCAAACUUCUGCCGGACGUGCAGCGCAUUCUGAGCGCUGAGGCGCCAUCAGGAAGUGGAUCGAAAGCCACCGAUGUGUGACUUGGAAAGUCCUGCUGGUCAGCCAGUUUGGAAAAUGGAUGAAAA